AUGUCUCGCCCGCCAUUCAAAGUCACCGAGGCUGCCCGCCCCGACUUCAAUGCGGCCGCAGAGGUAGUCUACACCAAGCCCCCGCUGCCCGACUUCCGCCCCGGCGGAGGCCUCAACUCCCUCCCCAAUGCCGACGCGUACCGCCCCGAGUCUGCCUUCCGCACCCUCGUGCCAGAGGAGCACAGCGGCGCGAAGCUGUACAAGCUGCUCAUGGGUGCGAUUACCCCGCGGCCCGUGGCGUUUGUGUCGACGGUCUCGAAGGACGGCGUGAAGAAUAUCGCGCCGUUCUCGUUCUUCAACAUUGUCAGCGCGGACCCGCCUACCAUCGUCGUGUCGGUCGCGCCGGGCGAGAAGGGACUGAAGGACACCGCGCGUAACAUCCUCGACACGAAGGGCUUCUCGGUCAGCAUCAUCUCCGAGUCGUGGGUCGAGGCGGCCAACCUUGCGGCGCUCGACGCCCCGCCCAGCGUCGACGAGUUUGCGCUCACGGGCCUGACCCCACGCGCGUCCGAGGUCGUGGCCGCACCGCACGUCGCCGAGGCCGCGUUCUCCGUCGAGGCGGAGCUGCUGCAUCACUACACGCUGCGCAAGGCCGACGGGUCCGAGUCCAACACUGUCUUUCUGGGCACCGUGAAGCGCAUCCACGCCAAGGAGUUCAUCUUCGACGAGAAGGACCCGUACCGCGUCCUCACGGAGCGCUUGCGCCCCGUGUCCCGUCUCGGCGGCAUCGCGUACGGCCGCGUCACGGAGGCGUACGACCUCGAGAGGAAGAGGUGGGACGAUAUCGGCGAGUCGGAGGAUGUGCAGGCAGCGUUGAAUGGCAAGGGCAGCGCGAACGGUACCAAUGGCCACUGA